CUUAUCCGUGGUGGGGCCGCGGAGGAUGAGGCCAUGGCUGCGCGAGGGUGGGGAGUGUGUGGUGAGAGCCAGGCCCCCACACGUCUCUCAUCCGAAAGCACAACCCCCCGUUGCACGAAUGCUGCGUUCCUGCUCCCUCUCUCUACUUCAUCCCAUUCUCCUCGCUUAUCUUCCUUCACCGAGUGUGUCCCCCGCCCGACCUUGCCCCGGAAUCCCAUUCCCCCACCUCGCCCUUCCCCACUCACUUGUUCCCAUCGCUUCUACUGUUCCCUUCCCCCAGCAGCAGCCAUGGCGAUGACGAUGGGCGUGACCUCUUUGGCAGUCACCGCUGCACCUAGCCCCAUGAUUUCGUUGCGUGCCUCGGCCGUCAACAAAGGCGAGAAGCAGGGGUUUCUGGAUUGGUUCCGUGAUGCGCUCGACAAGGAUGCGUUGCGCGAGACGGACGAUGUGCUCAACAAGGUGGACAGCGGCAAGAGCAAUGGCAGACCUGCCGUCGGCGCCAACAAGGGCGCUGCCGCCCCCGCCCCCGCCCCCAAGAAGAGCGGGUUCAACCUCUUCGGGAAGAAGUGAACAUGCAGUCUUUGGUUUCGAUAGAGUAUGAUGCCUUGCUCCACCGAUGGUGGGGAAUGUGACAUCGAAUGAACCUCUGCUUAUGAAGGUGAACUCUAUCCCUUCAAAUCUCCUGGCAUAGAUUAUUGCUUGAGCACUCUGCCGAGAGGAUGUGACGCCCGUUUGAAUGGAAGUACAUUCAGCAUUACCUUCUGACACAAUUUAGAAAACGUUGUGGAUAUUUUAGCAUCUCAUCACGGUACUUACGAUCGGGUGGUAGUCACUACAUAUGCCAAUAUUACAAUAUCUUCGUGAUAAGUUCGAGGCCAAAGCGACUGUGCGAAACAUGCAGUGUAAAACCCUAUGGACAACUCUUCGCAGUUGCCAAAUGGUGGCUGAAACGCUGAUAAUUAGUCUAAAUUGUUUUCUUUGGCUGUGACCCGAAGACUGCUGAACACA